GAAGCGGCGUACGUAGUGGUUUACGAGAAGCACACAAUAUAACCACGGUUACACUUUAAUAAGCAGUUUAUUGCCUAAAUUAAUUUGUAUCCAAAAAGAUUACAUGGUAAAUCUGGACCUCAAUCUUAACUCGGCGUGAACCUGCCAGGCUGCCGUAGCCGACGCUCAGGCCGCGAGAGCGGGGCGUGCUGUCUCUCGAGCCCGGUGGUGCGGGUACCUGCUCGGCGGAAGCACCGCUCUUUCCUCGGUGCACAUGGAGGGAGCCACCAGCUAUUCCGAUUAUGACUCCGAAGAUUACUCCUCGGGUGCCGACGAGGACUAUGUUCCUGCGGAGGAGGAGCUCAGUGAAGAUGACAUGAGCGAGUGUGUGAGAGAGGACGCAGCAGGAGAAGAAGGCCAGGGGCAUGCAGAGGACAUGAGGAAGAGGAGGAGGAAAGGUGGCAAAGGCCUUGCAGUGAGGAAGCGGAAGAGAGGAGGCCUGCAGCCAGAGGGAGAGGAGGAUGGGGGCGUGCCAGCGGAGGAGCCCGGGGGAGAGAAGCAGAGUGGCACCGGAGAGAGGAAGAAGGCUGACGACCUGUGGGCCAGCUUCCUCAGUGAGGUGGGGCCUCGACCCAAACCCGCCGGAGCGGCACAGAGCCAGCAGGCUGUGGGUGGUGAUGAAAACCAAUCCAGCAAGACAGAUGCAGCGCCAAGAGAAGUUAAAAAUAAAGAGCCAUCAAAAGUCACAAUAACAAAAGUGUUUGAUUUCGCAGGAGAAGAAGUUCGGGUGACAAAGGAGGUGGAUGCUGACUCCAGAGAAGCAAGGUCAUUUCUGAAGAAGAAGGAGGAGGAGGAGAAAGAGCAGCAGACAGGUCCGACCAAGCCAGUGGUCCCCACGCUGACACCUGGACCCAGCGCGAAGAGGCCAGCGGGAGUGAGCAGCGUCCUCAGCCGCAUUGGGGGCAAGAAGCAGAAGAUGAGCACGCUGGAGAAAUCCCGGCUGGACUGGGACUCCUUCAAGACCGAGGAGGGCAUCGGGGACGAGCUUGCCAUCCACAACCGCGGGAAAGAGGGGUAUGUGGAGAGGAAAGCGUUCCUGGAGCGGGUGGACCAGCGCCAGUUCGAGCUGGAGAAGAGCCUGCGACUCGGCAACAUGAAGCGGUGACAGUGGGACACGCCCCUCCGCUCUGGAGCCCCAGUCUCCGUGCAGCCCCCCUCAACUGUCCAUUAGCUUUUGCCCAUUAUUGCUUUCCUUUCUGAACUUUGUUUUAACAUUUUUAUUUUGUUUUGCCACACUCUUUCCUCCUCUCCUUGUCGGAAUGUGUUCCCAAGGAAGAAGUGAUCUCCCUUGGGACUGAAAACCACUUAUCUUAGCUGCUCCAUCAGGAAGCCAUUGUCAGCUCUUGCCUCUGCCGACCCCAAGGGCAGCGGGGGGCCACGGCGAGAGGAGAGGAGGAGAGCCGAGAAAGCGAGGAGAGAGUGAAUCUGUCACUGGGACACUUUAACUCUGAUUAAUUAAGUACGGAGUUCAUAAGAAGUCGAUGUUGAUCAACACCUGUGGGUACAGAGUCUAAAAUGUACAUUAUCCUGAUUAGUCACUUAUUGUGAAAUAUGCUCUGUGAAUACUGUGCUUUUGAUGAGUCAUCGCAUUACACCAGUAUCAGAUUCUGAUUUCUCUUCCUGUGCUCUGUGCUUUCAAACCUGCACUAGCAGCAGUACUUCUAGAGAGAGGAGGAUAUUGUGUUUGUAGUUUCUUGUUGUGAAUCGUUCAGUUGUGGAUAUGUUUUUAUACACAGUGCAGGCAGUGAGUGAUGUUAGACUCUGUAUUUCCAUGUGGGAAGUUUUUAGGCUUGGGUGUUUUGUCAGUGUGAUGAUGGGUCAAGGUUGUUGUUGCUGAAAGUUUUGGGGUGUCCGCUGAGCAUCCGGCACACUGCAGGUGACCCCAGUGUUGGACCUGCUCAGCCACUCAGGACACGUCAAUGGGCAGGCUGCUGCCCAUUCCCCGUGUGUUCUUAUCCUGACAUGAAUAAAAAUGGACAUCUGAAGUCA